AUGGCAAGCUCAAGUUCUAAUCCACAUAUCACACUUGAAAUCGAAGAAGAAGAAUACCCAUACCCAUACCCAUACCCAUCACAUGUUUGUGCUCCAAAUUUUGUUACCUUUAAGCUGAGUUGGAAGGAGAAAGUGGGUGAGCCUAACAUUCAUUGGCUGUGGAGAAGAUCUGAUUCUCUUGUCAAAGGUUGGAUUCUUGGUUCGCUAUCGAAAGAGACACUCGGGUGUGUUUUGGAUCGUUUCGCAGAUCAACAGACCGAAGAAGAUUGCAGUGCAAUGGAUGUGUGGAAUGAACUGCAGACAAUGUAUGGUCAUGCUGUUGUUCCACAACUGCCUCCUGUUGUUGCAGAUAAACACGAAGAAGAAAGAGCAGAGGCUCACGAACAUUUGGAUCGUGCUAUUCGAUCAGGAGAUUGGGAUUUAGUUCUUGAAACAAAAAGGAAACACAAAGUUACUUCGAUAGAGAAAAUCACCAAUAAUGGAAACUCAGCACUCCAUGUAGCAGUGGGAACUACCCAAAAGCCACAAUUCAUAUUAAACCUACUUAACUUGAUACCUGAGAACAUACGAUUGUCAGCUGUGCGGAAUUCAGAUGGCAACACACCACUUCAUGUUGCGGCUAUUAUUGGCUACACUGAAGCUGCUAAGAUCUUGGUGGAAAGAAACCGAGAUUUGUUGUUGGCUAAGAACAAAGAGGGUCACACAUCACUAGCCAUAGCUCUUUCCAGUAUGCAUACCGAAACGUCUCAGUUUUUGUUGGCUCAGAUGAAUACUGACAAAGAGAAGGAUACAUUGUUUUAUGGCACAAGUGGUGAUGAGCUUUUGGUUUCUGUUAUUUCUUCAAAGAAUUUUCACUUGGCAAAUGAUUUGAUGAGGCACCUCAAAAGAGUGGAUACUGACGCUGUGCUGAUGGCUAUAGCUCAGAAUUUCCCACCUGAACUUAAUAAAGUUGAAGCAUACGCUGGGACUGAAAUAAUGCAUUACAAAGGAGCUGAAUUCUUGCAAACUUUUUGUGAUGUUUCCAAAUUACAUCCAAGAGCUUGUUGCUGUUUGUUACUUACAGUAUUAUUAGGGUUAUUCAUUUGGGGGAUUUUUUAUGUGAUUUUUCUUUUCCCACGAAUGCUUAAGAUGUUAGUGCGACCAUUUAUUAUAAAGAGAGUUCAAGUUCAUGCUGAUGCUAUGGAGCUAUUAGAGACAGUAUGUAGACGAAUAAAACAUAAAAAUGACCCGAGCUCUUUCCAUCGAUGUUACACAAAUCCAAUUUUUGAAGCCAUAAGAGAAAAUGCAUACGAAGUUGUACACUGGAUUGUGCCUUUCUUCAAAAACGCAAUUUGGAGUACAAACAAAGAUGGCCACAACAUUAUUCAAUAUGCUGUGAUAAAUCGCUCUGAAAAGGUUUACAACCUGUUAUAUCAUAUGAGCGAUCAUAAGAAUAUAUACAGAACAAUCAAGGACUCUUCUGGGAAUAACCUAUUACAUCUGGCUGCAAGAUUGGCACCUACCAACAAACUUAAUCUCAUAUCGGGAGCAGCUUUACAGAUACAAAGUGAACUACAAUGGUUUAAGGAAGUCGAAGGAUUUGUAUGUCCACUAAACAUCAAACAGAAGAACUCUUUCGACGAAACACCUCAAAUGGUAUUUACAAGAGAACACAAGGAGUUGGUGAUUGAAGGAGAAAAAUGGAUGAAGGCAACUGCAGAGUCCUACACUAUUACAGCUGCAUUGAUCACCACCAUUGUGUUUGCAGCUGCAAUUACAGUUCCAGGAGGAAGCAAUCAAGAAACUGGGAUACCACUUUUUACUAACCACACUGCCUUCACAAUAUUUGCAAUAUCAGAUGCCAUAUCAUUAUUUGCAGCUGUAACUUCAUUGUUAAUGUUUUUGUCGAUUCUCACUGCACGUUUUGCUGAACAAGACUUCCUCUUCAAGUUGCCCACAAAGUUGAUUAUUGGUUUGGCCACGUUGUUUAUCUCAACCACAGCCAUGAUAAUUGCUUUUGGUGCAACGUUGUACCUUGUAUUUGGUCAAAGAAACUCAAGAAUUCUUACACCAAUAGUUGUGUUGACAUGUCUACCAAUUACUUCGUUUGUGACUCUGCAGUUCCCUUUAAUCAUAGACUUGGUGAGUGCCACGUAUGGUCGCAGGAUUUUUGGUAAGAAAUAUGUUGCGUAUAGUAAGGAUAGUUUAGAAAGAAUGAAACGUCCUUUCUAUUAA